ACGUUGGGACUCCAUUCCAGGCUGUCAGUGAGGUUUCCCCGAGCCUCGCAUCCUGAGCAGCCGCAUCCUGAGCAGCUGUCUGCUGUGCCAACUUUACCUGCUUCACUAACAAAAACAACUUGACAAUGAGCGGAGAUCACGGACGCGGAGACUCUCAGGUCAAUUCUGGAUCUAAAGGAAGCGACACUCACAAACAUAAAGACAAGCACAAAGACAAGGAACACAGACACAAAGACCACAAGAAAGACAAGGAGCGAGAGAAAUUCAAGCACAGCAACAGCGAGCAUAAGGAGCAUUCUGAGAAAAAACACAGAGACAAAGACAAAGAGAAGCUGAAGCACAGCGACGGCAGCUCAGACAAGCACAGAGAAAAACACAAAGAGAAAGACAAGGACAAAGAAAAGAGGAGAGAAGAGAAGAUCCAAUCAUCCCAUUUAGACAAGCCUAAAAAGGAGAAGGAAAAUGGAUAUGUAAGAGACACAAGCCCUGUUGCCAUUAAAAGCGAGCCUGAAGAAGGCAACGGCUUCUACCACUCUCCCCAACACAACAAGACGUCCAAACGAGAGCACGAUGAUGAAGAAUUUGAAUACAAGCCCAAAAAAGUCAAGGUGGAACAUGACAAAAAGGCCAAGAAGAGGAAACAUGAGUAUGAAGAAGACGAGGAGGAUGAGGAUGUCAAGCACAAAAAGAAGACAAAAGACAAAAAGGUGACUGAGGGGAAAAAAGCCAAAAAAGAAGAGGAGGAGAAGUGGAAAUGGUGGGAGGAGGAAAGAUAUACUGAUGGCUCCAAAUGGCGCUUCCUCGAACACAAAGGUCCAGUGUUUGCACCGCCAUAUGAACCCUUACCUGACAACGUUAAAUUUUACUACGAUGGUAAGCCUAUGAAGCUUAGUGCACCUGCUGAAGAGGUCUCCACAUUCUUUUCCAAGAUGUUGGAUCAUGAGUACACCACUAAGGACAUCUUCAGGAAGAAUUUCUUUAAGGACUGGAGGAAGGAAAUGACAUCAGAAGAGAAGUCCAAGAUCACUGACUUGAAUAAGUGCAACUUCAAAGAGAUGAGUGAGUACUUCAAGGCCCAGUCAGAAGCCAGGAAACAGAUGUCAAAAGAGGAGAAGCAGAAAAUCAAAGAAGAAAAUGAACGGCUCCUCCAGGAGUAUGGUUUCUGCAUCAUGGACAACCACAAGGAGAGGAUUGGAAAUUUCCGCAUUGAGCCGCCAGGACUGUUCCGAGGACGAGGCGACCAUCCUAAGAUGGGCAUGUUGAAACGCCGCAUCAGACCUGAAGACAUUAUUAUUAACUGUAGCAAGGACUCCAAGCAGCCUAAACCUCCCCCAGGGACAAAAUGGAAGGAGGUUCGCCAUGACAACAAAGUGACCUGGUUAGCGUCUUGGACAGAGAACAUCCAAGGCUCCAUCAAGUACAUCAUGUUGAAUCCCAGUUCCAGGAUCAAGGGGGAGAAGGACUGGCAGAAAUAUGAGACUGCGCGACGUUUGAAGAAGUGUGUGGAUCGAAUCCGUACUCAGUAUAGAGAUGACUGGAAGUCAAAAGAGAUGAGGAUCAGACAGAGAGCUGUGGCACUGUACUUCAUAGACAAGCUGGCACUGAGGGCAGGCAAUGAAAAGGAGGAAGGUGAGACAGCGGACACCGUUGGCUGCUGCUCGCUGCGGGUGGAACACAUCAAACUGUACCCCAAGAUGGACGACCAGGAGUACGUGGUGGAGUUUGACUUCUUGGGAAAAGACUCCAUCCGCUACUACAACAAGAUCCCUGUGGAGAAGAGGGUCUUUAAAAACCUCCAGUUGUUUCUCGAGAACAAGCAACCUGAAGACGACCUUUUUGACAGACUCAAUACUUCUAUUCUGAAUAAGCACUUACAGGAGCUGAUGGAUGGACUAACAGCCAAAGUUUUUCGUACCUACAACGCCUCCAUCACCCUGCAACAGCAGCUCAAGGAACUCACCUGCCCUGAUGACAGCGUCCCCGCUAAAAUCUUGUCCUACAACCGAGCCAACCGCGCUGUGGCCAUUCUCUGUAACCAUCAGAGAGCUCCACCCAAAACAUUUGAGAAGUCCAUGCAAAACCUUCAAACUAAGAUUGAUGAGAAACAAAAUCAACUGUCUGCAGCCAGGAAGCAGUUGAAGGCCGCCAAGGCUGAUCACAAGGCUUCCCGUGAUGAGAAGAACAAAAAGACUGUGGAGGUCAAGCGUAAAGCUGUGCAGAGGAUAGAGGAGCAGCUGAUGAAGCUUCAGGUUCAGGCCACAGACAGAGAGGAGAACAAGCAGAUUGCUUUGGGCACGUCCAAGCUCAACUACCUGGAUCCACGCAUCUCUGUUGCAUGGUGCAAGAAGUUCAGCAUUCCCAUCGAGAAGAUCUACAACAAAACCCAGAGAGAGAAGUUUGCUUGGGCAAUUGACAUGGCCGAGAAGGAUUAUGAGUUUUAAACACCCUUUUCUACUCUUGCCUUUGGCUGUAAAGAUGGUUUCCAGUUGGUGUCAAAUGACUCCACUGUGUGGUUAACUGCAGCGCUGUGAAAGGAGGGAGCUCAGACUUUGCCGAAGCUGUGAUCACAGGUUAAUCAUUGUUGUGUAUAUAUGGAUCCGUUGUGUAUAGGAAAAAUAACCGCUGAACUAUUUUACCAAGCUAAUAAAGGGCGUCUCUCUAAAGAACAUUUACAGUAGUGUGUAUGUAGCUGCAGCUAUCUGCCCGUGAUCCAACAACUAUGAACACAUUAGUAUUAUCUUUCGUCAGAUAAGCUGUACUGAAAUUUGUAAGCCAUCAGAUUUAUCGAGAAAUUCUAUAUUCUCAUAGAAUGUUUGCGUGAGAAGACUGUGAGAAACAACAUGAGAGAUAAUGAUAAUAUAAUGAAUCUUAAUUUGUGUAAUUUUAGCGUGAAAGAUUUGUACAAUGAGAUGAGCCCGACAGACUGAUGACAGUGUGACGAAUAGAAACCCUAGCACUAUGCUCACAUAUUUAUUAGCACACAGAAUGUCAUCUUUUUUUCCAUUUAGAUUUCUUUUGCUCUUUAUUUCAGGGAUGUACAUAUUUUGAUCAUUUUACAGUAAUCAUGAUUCAGUGUUUUUUAAAAUCGCGUGCCGUAUGCGUUCUCAACAGACAGCUCUUCAUUGCUCGUAUGCAACUCUUGUGUGUCUGUUUCCCUGGUUUUACAACGAAAAGGCAUACCAUUGAUCUCGGUUACUUGAAACGGCUGAAGUGCAGCUCGGGUUUUGUCUGCCCGAACUGUGCCUUCUGAGAAAGGGGUGUGGGUUUUUGCCAAAAAAGAUCACAGAAGUCUAUCAUUGUAGUGUGCCGUUUUUGUAUUGCUGUGAUAAAGCAGAAAGUGUCUCUGACUUUCCAAAUGUGAAUGGAUAUUCUAAACUUUGGUCAUUAAUAUUUCUUGCUAUUUGUUCAUGUACCACAUAAACUGGCUGAACGCCUGUUGUUUUGAGCUUUGUAGUUUUCGAAGUAAAAUAUCAACUUUA